AUGCGGGCCCCCAAACAAAGUGGGCGGAGUUUUUGGUUGGAGGAGCAGCCAAAAAAAGCCUCUUUACCGGUGACAUGCGGCGAAAUCGGCACGAAGCGCAAGCAAGUCGAAGAGUACCUGGACCGGCUCCUCCACGGUUCCAUCCGAUGCUGCGUGGUUAUCCUUGACGAGGCCGACGUCUUGUUGGAGGAGCGAGGCCAGUCCGACCGGGUUCGCAACGCCAUGGUCUCGGUGUUCAUGCGCAUCCUCGAAUAUUACCAGGUCAUCCUAACCCUCACCUCGAGCUGGGUCGGCACCUUUGACGAGGCCUUCAAGUCGAGGAUCCAGCUGUCCCUCCACUACGACAAGCCCAAGAUCUCGCAGAGGUGCAGGAUCUGGAGGAACUUCAUCGAGUGGCCGCUGAGGGCCGUGGGCGAGAAGGACGGCGACUUGAGCAACCCGGCCGACCGCAUUGAGGAGCUGGUUGGCCACGACAUGAACGGCCGGAAUAUACGCAACGUCAUCACGACAGGGCGGUAG